AAAGAAAAGAAAAGGAAAGAAAAACAGCAGUAAUGAGGUUUUUGUCAUGGCAAAUCUUCAUAAGCAAUAUCUUUCGUUUUCUUUUUAUUUUGUUUUUUUCCCUUCUGGUUCAGAUAAAUUUUUGGGAUUAAUUCACUUUGCUUUUUCGGUUCCUCUACAAACGAAGCCCCUUCCAAACAUCUCUUUCUCUCUCUUCCCACUGUCUUGUUUUUGCCCUAGAAUUGUAUGUACAUUGUCUACAUAAAGCUCCUUCCUUUGCUACUCCUUCUCCACAGAACCGCCCCCUUUCCCUCUCCUUCUCUCUAUCUCUAUCUGGGUUCAUCACAUAUAAAGAAACAAAGAGCUUUUCUCUGUAAACCAUAGAUAAAACUUCCUGUACAUUUUCUGUUUGAUGAAAUUUUCUUGGGUUUACGUCUCAUUUUUGGGGCAUUAACAAUGGCACAGAAUCCUGGCCGAGCAGUCUCGAGCCUUCUGUGUGCAGAGAACACAAUUUUUGGUGAUCUUGAUUUCAAUGCCUCAGAUGAAAUUGGGAUUCCCCUUUCUUGGCACCAUCAAGAUGAUCAAAGUCGUAAUCAAGACCCCUUUUCUUAUAAUGAUAGCUGCAAAUCCUUGAUGGGUUUUACAGUGCAUAGUGAAGAUAGAAUCAAGGAAAUGGUUAAGGGGGAAAAGGAGCAUUUGCCCAGAGAUGACUAUCUAAAGAGAUUAAGGAGUGGAGAUUUGGACUUGAGUGUUAGGAGAGAGGCUCUUGAUUGGAUUUGGAAGGUGGCUCAAGCCCAUUAUAAUUUCGGACCAUUGAGUGUUUGUCUAUCUAUCAAUUACUUGGAUCGAUUCCUAUCAGUGUAUCAAUUGCCUAAGGGUAAAGCUUGGGCUGUGCAAUUGUUAGCUGUGGCUUGCUUAUCACUAGCAGCCAAAAUGGAAGAGGCUAAUGUGCCUCUCUCUGUAGAUUUUCAGGUGGGAGAACCCAAGUUUGUGUUUGAAGCUAAAACUAUACAAAGAAUGGAGCUUUUGGUGUUGAGCACGUUGAAGUGGAGAAUGCAAGCUCUCACUCCCUGCUCCUUCAUAGACUAUUUCCUUAGCAAAAUCAAUGGAGAUCAACAUCUAUCAACAUCAUCUAUAUUUAAAUCAUUGCAAUUAAUAUUAAGCACACUUAAAGGUAUUGACUUCUUGGAAUUCAGGCCUUCAGAGAUUGCAGCAGCAGUGGCAAUAUCUGUUUCAGGAGAAGUCCAAGCAGUGGAAAUUGAUAAGGCAGUACCUUAUUUCACCCAAGUAGAAAAGGGUAGAGUGUUGAAGUGUGUUGAACUGAUAAAAGACUUGUCAUUGAUCAGUGGGUCUGGUGCUGAUAAUGUGGCAAGUGCCUCAGGCUCAUGUGUGCCUCGGAGCCCAAAUGGGGUGUUGGAUGCUGCAUGCUUGAGUUAUAAAAGUGAUGAUUUAACAGUUGGGUCAUGUGCAAAUUCUUCACAUAAUAGUCCAGACAUUAAGAGGAGAAAACAAAUGGAACACAAGUCUUGAAACUAUGUCGUUUUUGGAGGAUGGAUUUUGGAUUUGGAGGGUACCCUUUUUAGUUACAGUAAUAUACAAGAAGAAAAAAGAGAGAAUGGGAUACAGAGUUUUUUUUUAAAUAAAUAAAAAGGUUUAAGGAAAAUUCAAGAGCUUCCAAGCUGUUUAUAUAUUAACUAGAAUUACCAGAAACUAAAGCUUAAGCUUAUAUUUUAUCAGAAAGCUGAAGUUGAUGGUGAAUUUGCA